AUGAAACGCCAGUUAGAGUGCGUCACAUUUGUGACGAAAUUGGACAAGUUGAACAAUGCGACAGAACGGACCAUAGAGCCGUCCGAGCACACCCCGAAAAAACAAAUUUCUGAAAAUGCGGAUCCUCCGGAUGUGGCGAUGCUGCACACAAAACAGCUCAAGGAGAUUGAAAAUGCCAAGGAGUGUCUAAAGGACAUGAAUGUGCAAAAACCCUGGCAACCGUGGCCGCCCAAGGAGGAGAUUCCUACCCUUGUACACCACACUCCUUCUCGUAAUCCACUCGCACCGUUCAGCGAGCUCAAGGAUCCGCUCGAAAAUCGAGAGUAUGCAGACAGCUGGAGAGAUCCUUUGCUGCCCUCUCUUGGUUCCAGAUUCCGUUAUUCGGACCGGUCGGGUUUGAAUGAACCCACCCCUGCGGAUGCCAUGGUUUCCUGGUUCAAGCACAAAAAAGCCGACGUAACAAAUGACAGCCCUCCUGAAGGGCUCCCUGGCUUAGUCUCUCUCUUGCACAACCUGUCAGAUGAAUCAAUGAAUCUUCCACCUCUGAAAAGUGUCCAGCCGCCAGCGAAACCCCUUAAGUGGCAGGGUGGCAAGGACAAACUCAACGUUGGCGAUAAUUCAGCUCCCGCGCAGUCCCUGGUGCUGACUGUCGUGCGGCAGUCUGGCAAGAACGCGACACUGCACACCAUCCAAGCAGACGACGCACCUCGUGCGACGACUACCUCCGCAAAGCGCAAGAAUGAGAAGGAAGCAAGUGUGCAAACGUCCGAUCCGCCGGCGCCGUUAAAACCCGCGGAGGCGCAGUCGAAAAGCCCACCCGCGAGAGCACCCAAGGGUACCAAGGUUUCCAGAACAGUGUCUGUCAUUGCAGCCACCGAAACGUCUUCGUCUGAAUCGGAGGAUUCUCCCAGGUCUGCGCCACACUCGCCAGCAACGCAGCCCGUCAGCGGUUUUUUCGCAACGCAGCCCGUCAGCGGUUUUUUCGCAACGCCGCUCGUCGCAUCUCCUGCGGAGGCUGCUCCGGAAAAGUUGGCCGGGAUGCGACCGCGAAGACAGACUGCGGGACGCGUGAACACGAAAAGUCUCUUUGAGGACGAACUGGAGGAGGAGGAGGAGAGGCGUGCGAUUGCUGAACGGAAAGCGCGAGACCGGUACAACGAAUACCUCGACAUGGUGAAUGGUCUUCCGCGCCGAUGUGUGCCGCAGCUGAACGGCGACGAAGAUGUCGGUUCCAGUGAUCGACACCCGGGAGAGAUUGAACCGUUCAUGAACUAUCCUCCAUGGACAUAUUUCCUGGACACGCACACCGUGCCACAAGGCUCCGCGGACAUCUCAACGGUGGUACCGACUGUGGAGCUGCCUCGGCUGCGAGAAAGCGACCGGGACGACAUCGAGUUUCAUGGCGGCGAGCUUCCGGGGUUUUCUGCGCUCGAACAGCUGACGGGUCUCUUUGCUCCUGGAUUCAAGGAAUUUUUGUAUCCCGACUUUGACCCCAGCGAAGCGCCCCCGAUGGCCAUUCCGAUGGUUCACGUUAUCAACCCGGACGCGAUUGAUGUGUGGCAGGAGGUUGCGGAAAGUGCACUUUGCGAGGAGUGGGAACUCACUCAAAAGGAGUGGGGAAGCAUGCAGGAAGCCCAGAUUCAAGCUCUCCGGAAGACGGAACAGAAAAUCGUCGCCAGGCAAGAAACAGAAAUUCGCCAACGCCUCCUCGCCGAACGUAAAAAAGACUCUGAUCAGGAAGUGCGUUCAACGCAGCGCCGCAUCACGCAAAAGAUUCAGCGAGAGUACGACGAAUUUGUUUCCACGAGCACGCCGCUCCAGCUGUCCAUGCAGCAGCCGCUAAACAAGGGGCUUCGAGCGAUUGGGAACUGCCGCGGGGGGAGACGCGCCUGGACACUCUUUGACCGGAGUAUUCGGAUUGGAGAGGUUAUCUCCGGGAACAGCGGUGCGAAAAAGACUGCGAACCGCUGGCUGUCUCUGCCGGCUGCAGAUCCAAGCUACAAGAGGCAGCUGAACGAUGAUACCCUCGACUUCGUUCCGCCUCCGAGUGUGGGGCGAAGUGGGAGACAGGCUACUCGAGCAGGACGCAGCCGAGUGCCGGGCGGUUGCGUUCGUGCCGCUCGGGGUACCGCGUCAUUACGAAGCGGAGAUGAAUCCCCUGGAGCGGGAGACGGUGAUGCAGAACGAGACAGUGAACUUACGGGGCGCAGGGGUGCGCCGGUCGAAGGUGAUUUCAGCUUGGCAAGUGAAGAGGAGAUGGAGACAGCCGUCGAGCAGUCCAGGCAACGUGAUCUGGACCGUAUGUUGAGGGAGGCUGCGCCGAAAAUGUCUCCUGAUUUCCCCCGGCGUUUCGCUACCUCGUCGGACCAAGUAGAGCAGAGGCAACCGUCGCCUCCAGCUGGAGGUUCUUUGCAGGGGCAACAGGAUGCUGAUACUGUUAUUCAUAGCCGGACGCUCAAGCAGCGUAUGCGAGGGAAACCGGCGACAAAGCCUCGUGUCGAGGGGCGCAGAUUACGCAACUGCACUGUGACGAACAAAUUCUAG